ACAGUUCAAAGCAAUGAAUUUACCUGAAAAGCUCAACAUUGUAAAGACGUUGGAUACAUGUAAAAGGUGUUUGAGAAAGCAUGGAGAUGCUGAUUGCAUCAAUACUUACCUUUGUAGAAAUAAAGAUUGUAAGAAAAGAAGCUUUUCAGAUCACCAUUUCCUCCUUUGCCCAAAGGGUGAGCUUACAAAGGUUGAGACUGUUAAACCAAGAAGGGAAAAUAGACUGACAGAAGAGCAGGAAAAAUUCAUAGCUGGACUUUCACCAGAACUAGCAGAAGAAUGCGGAAAAGCCUUUUCAAAUGUGACUGCUUCAACAAAAAACACAAAGUGUGAAGCCUCUGGGCUUAUGGAGUCAUAUGGACUAAAAGAGCAACCUGUCAUUCUAAUGCUAUUGGAAGUCACUACGAACGCAGGCCAGAAAAUAGGAACUUUGAUUGACUUGGCUUCUGAUACUAAUUACAUUACUCAUCAAGCAGCUAAAAGGCUGAGCCUAGAAGGUGAAAACAUAACAUUAGUUGUUCAUGGUGUUGGGGGAAUGUCAGUCAAAGUUAGAACAAAGAGAUACCUGUUAAGAGUGAGAGUUAAGACCCCCAAAGGGACAAUGAAAGCUCACCAACUCAUUUGUUACGGACUUAGUGAAAUUGCUAAAGUGCAUAAAGUCAUUCAACCACUGCAGCUGCAAAAGUUUUUCCCAGAUGUUGGCCUGGAAGACCUUAAAAGACCAGAUACCAUUGAGCUGCUAAUAAGCCACAGAGAAGGCAGACUGGCCCCUCAAAGAGUCAAGGUUGUUGGAGACCUGGUCCUGUGGAAUAGUCCACUCGGCAUGACCGUGGGAGGAGCUCAUCCGGAUCUUUGUGAAGACGUCGACGUGGCAGCACACAGGUGCAUGAAAUGGUGGAGAGAAAAGCAGCAAUAAAACUAACAGAAGACACUCUAAACAACUGGAAAGGACCAGUAUGGUUCAGAAGGGGACUGCAUGCUGCCCUGGGAGACAUUAAAAAAAUGUAUAACUCUGUUUGGCUAGAGGACCUGGAGAGACAUCUACACAGGUUCCUCUGGAGAGACGGCUCAGAAGAGGAGAUCGGUGAGUUUGCCAUUACCAGAGUUAACAUUGGGGAUCGACCUGCUGGAUGUAUUGCCCAAGUAGCAAUGCGAGAGACGGCAAAACUGCCCAUGUUUGACAGCUGUAAAGAGGAGCGUAGGAUCCUGGAAGAAGACUGUUAUGUCGAUGAUAUUUUAACAUCUGACAAUGACCCAGAACGUUUGCAUAAACACAUUAAGAAGGUGGAAGAGAUCUUACAAGCUGGGGGAUUCUGUUUGAAACCAUGGGUCCUAUCAGGUCAAAGUGGGAGGCAAAACAUGUCCUUACCUAGCAGAGACAAAAUCCUUACACUCCCUAAUCAGUUGAAAGAGGAUGAUAAUAAGGCUUUGGGAGUGGGAUAUCUGGUGGAGGAGGAUAAAUUAUAUGUGAUGACAUCAAUUAACUUCUCAAAAAGGAGGAAAAAAAUGAAGAUGGGACAAAACCUAGAAGAAGGAGAAGUGAGAGUAAAUACUCCAAAUCCUCUCACUAGGAGAGAACUCCUUAGCCAAGUAGCUAGUCUUUUUGAUCCCAUUGGGCUAGUCACACCCACCAAACAAAAAGGAGCCAUUCUAGUGAGAAAGGCUUUUCAAGAAACCAGAACUGCAGGCAAAGCAGGUGAUACUUGGGAUCAACCACUUUCUGAUGGGCUAAGAAAUGAAGCCAUUGAAUUGUUCCAGGAGUAUGUUCGCCUGGGCCAAAUUAAAUUUCACAGGAGUUUAACACCAAUCAGUUGGAUUAGAAAGCCCAUUGGAAUAACUUUCUCUGAUGGGAGUGACAAAAGUUAUGGGGCAGUUCUAUACUUCAGAUGGGAGACAGAGCAAGGGAUCCAAGUGAGACUUGUAGAAUCCAAAGCAAAACUUACUCCACUCGACCAGAAAGGAGAACCUGUAAAAGCAGAAAUUUGUGGUGCUGUGUUUGCAGCUCGUCUGAGGAAGUAUGUUGAAAAGCACAGUAGGAUGGAAAUUGGAGGCUGGUACCAUCUUCUAGACAGCCAAACUGUGCUAGGAGCCAUUCAGCGUGACAGCUAUGGGUACCAAACUUUCUUUGCUAACAGAAUUGGUGAAAUACAGAAAACUGGGCCUGUCGCAGAUUGGUGGUGGAUUCCAGGUGAGCUAAAUGUUGCAGACAUUACAUCAAGAGGAGCAUGUCCUGAGCACCUGCAAGAGGACUCACAGUGGCAAAAUGGACCAAAAUUUUUGUUGCAACCUAUUGACCAGUGGCCGAAAAGAUCUGCCAAAGACAUUGCUAUAAGUGCAAAGGAAGGGGUUGAAAAACUCCAAAGAAAAGCUUUCUCAGCAGUAAUAACUAGAGCACAGUCUAAGCAAACUAAAGAAAAAUUGUGUGAUGAGGAGGUGACAAAGGAUGCUCUAAAAGCUACAAAGUGUAAAGAAAGGGACAGGGAGCUCAAAAUCUCACCUCUUACAUUCAUUGCCAAGCAGUUAAUUCAAGAGAGAAGAUACAGCAGUCUUUUUAAACUAGUCAGAGUUAUUGCAUGGGUGAGAAAAGCUGUUGAAAACUGGAAACUCACUUUAGAAAGUCACCAUAGUGGCAGAAAAGUGAAAGAAAAAAUUUCAACAGACAUCAAACAAUCAACCAUCCAUCCCGGGCUUAGUGUUAG